AUGCUUGUCAUUGUAUCCUGGGUUAGCUUCUGGCUUGACAAAGAUUCUGUGCCAGCUAGAGUAACAUUAGGUGUAACUACAUUGCUUACAAUGACAACACAAAGUUCUGGUAUUAACGCAAAACUUCCACCUGUUUCAUACACAAAGGCAAUAGACGUCUGGAUUGGAGUAUGUUUAGCUUUUAUAUUUGGUGCACUAUUAGAGUUUGCUCUUGUCAACUAUGCAGCCAGAAAAGAUAUGACUGUUGGCCAACAACUUGUUAGUUUAUCGUAG